AAUUAAAAAUACACUUAUCAUCAAUUUUAGAAGAGCUUGUAAGUGAAAAAAAAGAAAAAAUUAAUAAUAUCGACAUGACUAUAAAAAAUCAAAAAGGCAUCGGAAAUAUGUUAGCUGCUUUGCAAACAGAAGUUGCAGAAUCUGCUAAUGAAUUAAUUCGAAUCAACAAUCUGACUCAACCAAAAUCUCUUGUAAUAAAGUCCCACACAUAUAAUCAAGAGCAGAAAAUAGAAUUAAAAGAAUUUUUUUUUAAAGAAAAAAAAAAUAAUGUAACUCAUACUUGCUGA